CCCUGGCCGUCCUCCCCCACCGCGCGCACUCUGCCCGCCCCGGAGCCUCGCCCUCCGCCACGAUGAGCAAAUGAGCGCGAGCAAGGGCAUGAAAUUUCAAUUCCACUCUGGGGAGAAAGUGCUGUGCUUCGAGCCUGACCCUACCAAGGCGCGAGUGCUAUACGAUGCCAAGAUCAUCGAUGUAAUUACCGGGAAAGACGCAAAGGGCAGAAAGAUUCCAGAAUAUCUGAUACAUUUUAAUGGUUGGAACAGAAGUUGGGAUAGAUGGGCAGCUGAAGAUCAUGUGCUACAUGAUACAGAUGAAAAUCGGAGAUUACAGCGCAAAUUGGCCAAAAAAGCAAUAGCUCGCCUGAGAGGCACAGGAAAAAAGAAGAGGCGCUGUAGGUUACCUGGUGUCGACUCUGUCUUAAAAAGUGUGCCAGUUAAAGAAAAAACUAAAAAUGACGAAAACUCAGUAAGCAGCACCUGUCAGGAGAGCUGUGGAGAAAAGAAUGGAGGGAUAAAAGAACACCGUCAACGUCGCAUUAAAGUAAAGACUAAAACGAAAAAAAAGGCACUGUCGCUGCGUUCAAGAAAGGACAUGGAUGAAAGAACAAUCACUAUAGACAUCCCUGAAGUUCUCAAGAAGCAGCUUGAGGAUGACUGUUACUAUAUCAACAGGAGGAAGCGGUUAGUGAAACUUCCGUGCCAGACCAACAUCAUAACAAUUUUGGAAUCCUAUGUGAAACAUUUUGCUAUUAAUGCAGCCUUUUCGGCCAAUGAGAGGCCUCGUCACCAUCAUGCCAUGAUGCAUGCACACAUGAAUGUGCACUAUGUCCCAGCAGAAAAGAAUGUUGACCUUUGUAAGGAAAUGGUGGAUGGAUUACGAAUAACUUUUGAUUAUACUCUCCCAUUGGUUUUGCUCUAUCCCUAUGAACAAACUCAAUAUAAAAGGGUGACAUCGUCAAAGUUUUUUCUUCCUAUUAAGGAAAGUACCACGACAACUAACAGGAGCCAGGAGGAGCUGUCCCCUAGCCCGCCUUUGUUGAAUCCAUCCACACCACAGUCUACAGAGAGUCAGCCACCUACUGGUGAACCAGUCACCCCCAAGAGGCGCAAAGCCGAACCAGAAGCACUACAGUCUCUCAGGCGGUCCACGCGGCACAGCACCAAUUGUGACAGGCUGUCUGAGAGCAGCUCCUCACCUCAGCCGAAGCGCCGGCAGCAGGACACAUCUGCCAGCAUGCCAAAGCUGUUUUUGCACUUGGAAAAGAAGACGCCUGUGCACAGCAGAUCCUCUUCCCCCAUUCCUCUGACUCCAAGUAAGGAUGGAAGUGCUGUAUUCGCUGGCUUUGAAGGGAGAAGAACCAAUGAAAUCAAUGAGGUCCUGUCUUGGAAACUUGUGCCUGACAAUUAUCCGCCAGGAGACCAGCCCCCUCCCCCUUCAUACAUUUAUGGUGCACAGCAUUUGCUCCGAUUAUUUGUGAAACUUCCAGAAAUCCUUGGGAAGAUGUCCUUCUCUGAGAAGAAUCUGAAGGCUUUACUGAAGCACUUUGAUCUCUUUCUGAGGUUUUUAGCAGAAUACCAUGAUGACUUCUUCCCGGAGUCGGCUUAUGUCGCUGCCUGUGAGGCACACUACAGCACCAAGAAUCCCAGGGCAAUUUAUUAAACUUUUGAUGGUUCUGUAGAAACAGCUGCACUAUGUGGCUUUAUACUUUAGGUCCCAGGUGAAGUGGUAAUGAGAUGCUAGACCUACCCUGGGGGCACUCUGAAAGAAACAGGCUCUGUUUAUUGAGUUCUUCACAUACUAUUAUUUCUGUUAAGAAUUACUUUCUGAGCUGAGCAUGGUGGUCCAUGCCUGUGGGGAGGGGGUUGAUUUAAUCAAUUAAUUAAUCAAUCAAUCAUUUUUUUAAAAAAUGUAAUGAUUACUUCCCGGGUGCCUGAACGUAUUCCAAAGUAACACUGCUACACGAGCUGUGUGUGCUAGCAGGAUAAAACCAGCCAUAGCUGUCUUCAUUAGGGAUACGUUCAUGAACGUAUACUUAGGUUAAACAUUGUUCUGUAGACAAUGCAGUUGGUUGUUAGCAAGAACCACACUGUUUUAUUAUUUGUUAAUGUUAAACAAAAAUGGUUUCGAAAACUGUUUUCUGUCCAACAGAUCUUAGUCGGUGCUUGGAAGCCGCAAAGCACUCUCAAAGUAUUUCUGAGGGAAUUGAUAUUGAUGGCAAAAAGAGGACUUACAGCUAUGCAUUGCUUGUAGGAGUUCCCUUUCUCAGAAACAUUAUUUUUGUUGCUCUAAAUAAAUAAAGCAUUGCCUGUCUUGUUUGAGAUUUUACAGCCAUAUUCUGCUACGUAAUGUUAUAGUUCCUUUUCUAUGAAAUGUUAUUUUGGGUGAUCUAAAUAAAGUUUUACCAGUUUUGCUUGAAAGAAGCAAGAGGAGUUUUGCUCUGGCCUUCCCUAUUCUUUUGAUUGCAGGGCAACAGUCGGGUAACCUCUUUACUCCCAAUUUUUUGUUUUCAUUCAUUUGCCCCAUGUAUGUUUUGGACCUUCCCUUUUCCACUUGGGCUCUCUUUGCAUCCUGCCUGUUGGUGAUUAUGAGAAGUCACUGUGAUUCUGUACCAACUUGUGGCUGGUCUGUGGGUCCUGAUGGGUCCAACCCACAUCUGUACUUCUCCACGUUGGCCAGCUGGUGUGAUCUGCAGUCAUCCUUUUAAUUUCUCUCUCUCUCCCUCUCCCUCUCCCUCUCCCUCUCCCUCUCCCUCUCCCUCUUCUUCUCCCUCCCCUCCCUCUCUCUCUCUCCCUCUCUCUCUUUCUAGUUUAGAGAGCUAUAAAGGCCAUGAAAGCAUUAAACAAAGCACUUCUCUUACGGUUUAGCUCAGUUGAUGUUAAUUUUCUGAAGGCCUCUGGUCAUGAACAAGAGCCUCAAGGACUUUUGACUCAAAUGUUCCCAUUAAAGUGCCUUGUGCAUCACUGACUACUAAGAUUCACUACCUCCAGAUCACCUGAAUAAGACAUCUUCCCCUCUGUGUUUAUUUAGUUGCUAACACAGGUGCAGGUUUGUGGGAACUGAUUGGAACAGCCUUCCAGUUCUUGGUAGAUAUGAUUGUUAAUUUUAAUUGUUAAUGUAAUGGAUUUAGCAUCACUGUGGAAACACACUUCUGGGUGUGUCUCUGAUACUGUUUCAGAAAAGUUUGAACUUAAGAGGAAAGACCCAUCUUGACUAUGGCCAGCACCAUUCCACAGACUGGGGUCCCAGACCCAGUGAAAAGAAGAAAACAAGUGGUAUCCCAGCAUUCACCUCUUUCUGCUUCCUGACAACAUUACCAAUGGCUUCAUGUUCCUGCUGCCAUGCUUCUCUUCCAUGAGGGACUGGACCGUCAAACUGGGAGGCAAAAUAAAUCCUUUUCUCAGGUAUUUUGUCACGGCAACCACAAAAGUGGUUCAUAAGGGAACAUUGGAAUCGAGAAGUGGGGCUGCUGUGGGUCACAGGCAUUUGGAACUGGGUUAGAGCUGAGAGUUUGGAACUUGAGCUAGAGAAGCCUUAGGGUGCUAUAAAUAGAGUUUAAUGGGCUAUGCUAGUGGUGUUUUGGAAAACUAGAAUGCCAAGACAAAUGUGUCCAGUGGAGAUCUGGCCCAUGAGGGUUGGGAGAGAAAAAGAGACUAUUAAAAAUUGAGCUAUAGGCCGUUUGUGUGACAACCCGGCAAAGAAUCUCUGGUAUGAGUCCCUGUCAUCAGUGCCAUGUCCAAGGAACUGGAAUGAGGCUAGAUUCUAAAGCAAUGAGCUCAUUCACAUGGUGGGAGAAAUUUAAAGAAAGCUUAGCAUUCAGGCUAUGUAAUAUUUACUGACUACUGCUGUCAUUCAGGUCUCCAGUGAGAAAUAGCACAAAUGAGGCAAAAGAAGACAGAUGUGUCAGUUUGGCAGGGAAAGGAAUGAAUUUAAAGGUGUAUACAAGGCAGAUCCAGAGAAAGCAGCAGUACUUGUUAAAAGACAUUUGCAACAUUAAAGAGAAACCCCGUGCUCUGUAUUAGACAUUAGGGAAGGUUCCCUAAAGAGAAGACCUCACCUAAUAAAUACCCCAUUUUGUGAAAAUAUGAAUUCAUUUGAAAGGAGAAAUUGUAAACUGCUGAUGGUGUUUUCUGCUUCUUGAAAGCAAUUGCCUAGGAAACCCUGUCCUCAUGGUGGGCACACACGCCAAUAUACCUGUAGUCUAAGGGAGCAGGUCACAGCAGAACUUUGUAGUAUCACCCCCCCCCCUUCCAUGGUACUGCCAUACAGGUGUGAAAGAUGUAGGAGUGGAGGAAUCAUAAAGACUUGCACUAGAGUUCCAGAAAGCACUGAGGCCAGGCAAUGUGUAGCUUGGCUGGAGUCUCUGUAAGCAAGCCCUAAGAGGCUAUUAUGUAAAGAUGUUAAAAUGAAAUCUAAGUUGCAGUAUGGACCCCAGGAUGUUGGAGGUGCCAGAAUUGUGGGGCCUGAGGAAAACCCUAAGCAGGGAGCCAUGUCAGCCCAAGAGAGAAGCUAUGUCUGCUGCAAAUGGCCCUUGGAAACCGAUAUGAUUCUAUCAUGAGCUCCAGAUGCUGGACAUAGAUCUAGGAUUUGAUGUUUACCCUGCUGGGUGUUGGUCUUUCUUUGGUCACAUCUUUUCUUGUUGUAAUUCCUACUGUUCCUUUUGGGAGUGGGAAUGUUUAUUCUUUGCCAUUGUUUAUUGAGACUUUGUAAGUUGUUUUUGAUUUUAUAGAUGUUCACAAAUAAGAGAUUGCCUUGAGUCUCAGAGAAGACUCUGGACUGUUCAACACUGCUGGGACUGCUAAAAACUAUAGAGAGUUUUAGAGAGGGACUAAAUUUAUUUUGAAUUAUGAGAUGAAAAUGAGAAUUUGGGGGCUAGAGGUAAAAUUUUAUGAUAUAGUGAUGUGUUUGGGUGUCAGGUUGGCCAGGGGUAGACUAGUGAUGCUUGAUCUUGAUUAUCAACUUGGGUGGAAUUAGAAUCACCCUGAAAACAUGCCUUUGGAUAUGUCUAUGAAGUUUAACUGAAGAGGGAAGACCCACCCUAAAUGUGGAUGGCACUAUUUUAGGAACACUGAAUGAAAGGAAAAGGUGAACAGAAAAUCAAAAUCCAUCUCUCCUUGAUUCCUAACUGUCAGUCUUGCUGCCAUGAGUUCUUGCACCAUAAUGGACUGUAUCUCUUCAAACUGUAAGCCAAAAUAAAUGUUUCCUUCCUUAA